AUAUCGACUGAUAUCGCACAUCUCUAGCUGCCAUGAUGACGGUUACUUUGCAGUGAGUGAAACAGCGUAAAAUUAUUUGUUGUAGAUAUUUAUAAUAACCCAAUAAGUACUAUUGUUAAAAGUGUUGUGGUAGACAAUAUAAACUAAUAACUCUAUAAUAAUGUUUCGCAAUCAGUACGACAGCGACGUAACGGUCUGGAGUCCACAAGGACGAUUGCAUCAAGUAGAAUAUGCAAUGGAAGCUGUUAAAUUAGGUUCGGCAACAGUGGGUCUUAAGAACAAAGAUUAUGCUGUUUUGAUUGCGUUGAAACGAGCAUCAUCUGAGUUGUCUGCUUAUCAAAAGAAAAUUAUUCCAAUUGAUAAGCACAUGGGUAUCAGUAUUGCUGGUCUCACUGCUGAUGCCAGAAUGCUGAGUCGUUAUAUGAGAACAGAAUGCUUAAAUUAUAAAUAUUCUCAUGAUGAUACACUUCCAGUUGGUCGUCUUAUUACCAACUUGGGUAAUAAAAUGCAAACAUGCACUCAAAGAUACGAUAGACGUCCAUAUGGAGUUGGUCUUCUUGUUGCUGGUUAUGAUGAUCAAGGUCCACACGUCUUUCAAACUUGUCCAUCAGCGAACUACUUUGAUUGCAAGGCCAUGGCUAUUGGCUCCCGUUCACAAGGUGCCAGAACUUAUCUUGAAAAACACUUGAAUGAAUUUCUUGGUAGUUCACUUGAUGAACUUGUCAAACAUGGUUUGAGAGCUCUCAGAGAUACUCUUCCAAAUGAAGUUGAUCUUUCAGUCAAGAAUGUUUCAAUCGGAAUCGUUGGAUCGGAUCAAGAGUUUGAUAUUCUUGAUGAAGAUAAGACAGCAAAAUACUUAUCAGAAAUUGAAGGCGAUGAAAAACGUGGAUCAAAUCGCGGUGUUGAAGCUACGCCGGGUGAUCAGUCACCUUUGGAUCCACCAAGCGAUGCUCCAGCUGAUCCAAGAGUCUCAGUUGCUAUGGAUACUGAAUGAUUUCUUUUAAAGAUCAAUUCUAUUAAAAGACGUGUUUUGUUUAAUGAUAAUAAAAGUAAAUAUCUUUUUUAUUUUGCUUUGUAUUUGAAAUAAAUAAAUCUGCUUACAUAACUAUCAAAAGGUUUGUAGUUGAAUUAAAUCAACUGUAAACAACAGAAAUUGAGUUACAGAUUUUGAUAAAACAAACAAAAAAAUUA